UUGUCCCCCACAAAAACAAUGUGGCAAUCAUAAUCGAACAUGGGUGCCACCCCAUAUAUUUGACACUUUAUACCCUCUUCUAAUCCAACUACUCCUCAAUUUCUCAUAAUUAUAAAUGUAAAUUCUCCCUUCUGCAACUGCAAUAUCACCUUCUAACUUAAAUUUUAACUCCAAAAAUGGAUACUUCUUCCUGUGCUACUCUCACCUUUAUUUUCCUCCUCCUCAUAUCAAGAACCGCAGAAUCCACCAUUGUUAAGCAAAGAAUUAGAUAUCUCAGCAUUGCAAGCCAAUUCUUAGCUCCGCAAAAUGCUGCGCGCAGAGCACUGCGUAUGCCACCAUUAAUGUGGGAUACAAGGCUGGCGCGCUACGCGCAGUGGUAUGCUAAUCAAAGGCGGAAGGAUUGUGACUUGAGGCACUCAAAUGGGCCUUAUGGGGAGAAUAUUUUUUGGGGGAGUGGCACCGGGUGGAGUCCAGCGGAGGCAGUCACUGCAUGGGUAGCGGAGAGGAAAUGGUAUAACUAUUGGUCUAAUUCUUGUAAUGGAGAUCAAGAAUGUGGACAUUAUACGCAAAUUGUUUGGAGAAGAACAACGAGAGUUGGUUGUGCCAGAGUUAAUUGUUUUGGUGGUAGAGGAGUUUUUAUGACUUGCAAUUAUGAUCCUCCUGGCAACUACAUAGGAGAGAGGCCUUAUUAAUGAAAUUUUGCAAGUUGUUCUUUUUUUCUUUUUUUAGAAUAUGAUAUUUUAAUAAUAUAUAUAUAGAUUGUUCUGGUGAAUUAAUGUCGUGAUGUGAGUUCUUCUUUUCUGUCGAAAUCAGUUUCCCUGAAAGAAAAAUAAAGAAGAAGAAAGAAGAAAACCUUAUAAGCGGUGCGGUGCUGUGCUGCUGCUAUUUCUAGUAUAUAUCCAGUAAAGUAAGUAUUUAUGUCUAUGGCUUUUCUUGAUAGAAACUAAUCUCCAAGUUGUAAUCUUUUGCUUCAUUUCUUUGCGAGGAAAAAACAAAUUCAUAGAAACAUUGCAAA